AUGAGCAGAAGAUGCCUCUCUCCCUCGUGUCCCAUCGCCUCACCACCUUCCGUUCCUUCUCGAUCCACGCCGACGCCGCCACCUCUGGCAGCCACGGUCGUAGCCACCUCUGGCGGUCAGCGUCCCCGACAUUCAGCGCCGUCACCUCCGGCUGCCGUAGCCGCCUUCGGCGACCCGUGUCGCCAGCACCUCCGGGCAGUCAUCGUCGCCCACCGAGCAGUUGUCGUCCGAGCGCUCAGACCAACAGUUGGAUCCUCUACUUCCGAUUUACAACCUCAUGUGGUAUCUAGGCCAAUAGAACAAAGAGAAGAAGAAUUUGAUAUUUCUUCUAUUGAACGAGAUCCAGGAUUACGAAAAUUGAUUUGUGAAUACUCUGUUAAUGAGCGGGAUGAGAUUAGAAGAGCAUAUAUCAAAGCAGAGCCUUAUCAACCCAAACUUGUUGAGUAUCCAAGAACAAAAAUUGGAAAGCAAAAUCGUCGAUUUCAAUAUGUUUGGUUCAAACAAUUUCCUUGGCUAGAAUAUUCACCUUCAAAGGACAAAGCAUAUUGUUUUCCAUGUUUUCUUUUUGAGAAUACAAGUAAUCCAAUGGCUCGUUCUGCACUUGUUUCUGAAGGGUUUAACAGUUGGAAGAGAGUUAAUGAUGGAGAAAAAUGUGCAUUUCUUAUCCAUGUUGGUUCAUUAUCUUCAUCACAUAAUAGAUGUGUGAAAUGUGUUCAGGAUUUGAUGAAACCAAAGCAAAAUAUUGACAAAGUGUUGAAUGCUCAAUCUACGGAAGAAAUUAUAAAGAAUAGGUUGCGUCUAAAGGCAACAAUUGAAGGUUUAUUAUGGCUUGCAACUCAAGGAUGUUCUUUUAGAGGUCAUGAUGAAUCAGAGAGUUCCUUAAAUCGUGGAAAUUUUAUUGAAUUGUUGAAAUUUCAAGCACAUUUAAAUGAUGAAAUUGCAAAAGUUGUGUUACAUAAUUCCCCGCAAAAUGCUAAAUACACUUCUCCGCAAAUUCAAAAGGAAAUAUUGCAUAUUCUUGCUAAUAAAGUGAGAACAAUGAUUCGAGAUGAAUUGGGAGAUGCCAAGUUUUGUAUUCUUGUUGAUGAAGCUCAAGAUGAAUCUAAAAAAGAGCAAAUGACCCUUAUUUUCAGAUUUGUUAAUAAUUCUGGAUUUUUGAUGGAACGUUUCUUUGAGAUUUUGAGUGUUGACGAUACAACAUCUGCAAACCUUAAGAAAUCAAUUUCUGACAUCUUUGUUCAACACAAUAUUCAAAUCCACAACAUGAGGGGACAAGGGUAUGAUGGUGCAAGUAAUAUGCGUGGUGAAUGGAAUGAGCUUCAAGCAUUAUUUCUUAGAGAUUGUCCAUAUGCCUAUUAUGUACAUUGUUUUGCUCAUCGUUUACAGUUAACAUUGGUUGCAGCUGCUAAGGAUGUGCCUUCUAUUUGGCAAUUCUUUUCUUAUUUGACUUCCAUUGUAAACUUUGUCACCUCGUCUCCUAAACGUCUUAGUGAUUUACAAUCUGCUCAACAAGAAGAGAUUGCAUAUAUGUUGACUAUUGGUGAGUGUGAGUCUGGUACAGGAGCUAAUCAGAUUAGUACAUUGCAUAGACCUGGUGCUACUCGUUGGAGCUCUCAUUAUGAUUCUGUUAGGAACUUGAUAGACAUGUAUGCAGCAACUUGUAAGAUCCUUGGAAAUCUCAGUGAAAAUGGGCCAAAUGACACAAUACGUGGUGAAGCUUGUGGUUUAUGCAACACAAUUAUGAGUCUUGAAUUUAUAUUUGUGUUGUUUUUGAUAGAAAAUAUCUUAGAAACCACUGACAUUCUUUGUCAAGCUCUACAAAAUAAAUCACAAGAUAUUGUGAACGCUUUAAAAUUUGUCUCAACCACAAAAAUCAUUCUUCUAAAAUUUAGAGAAGAUGGUUGGGAUGAAUUUUUUGAGAAAGUAAAGACUUUUUGUGCACGACAUAAUAUUGAGAUACCUGAUAUGAGCUGUGGUUAUAAAGUUAAUCGUUAUUGUCAACAAUGGGACCAUAUCACAGUUAAGCAUCAUUAUCACUAUGAUAUUUUUAAUGCUGCAAUAGAUUUUCAAGUGAUGGAACUAAAUUAUAGAUUUAGUGAGGCAACAAUGGAACUUCUUGCUCUUUGUUCAGCUUUGGAUCCUACUGAUUCAUUUAAAAAAUUUAAUAUGAGCGAUAUUUGCAAGCUUGCAUCAAAAUUUUAUCCGGCUGAUUUUACUCAACAAGAAAUUCAUGCUUUGAGAGUUGAAUUGGAACACUAUCAACUUGACAUAGUUUGUGAUCGUGAGUUUCAACAAAUUUCUACUCUUUCUGCAUUAUAUAGAGAAAUGAUUGUGACCAAAAAGGCUGAGAGUUAUGUUAUGAUUCAGAGAUUGAUUCGUCUUGUCUUGACUCUUCCUGUAUCAACUGCAACAGUAGAGGGAGCUUUUUCAUCCAUGAAAUUUCUCAAAACGGCACGUAGCAACAAGAUGGAUGAUGAUUUACUUUCUGAUUGCAUGAUUCUCUACAUAGAACGAUAA